CUUCCACAGCAUUGCCACACAGAAAAAGAAGGUUGGCGUGAUCCCACCAAAGAAGUUCAUCUCUAGGCUGAGGAAAGAAAAUGAUCUCUUUGAUAACUACAUGCAGCAGGAUGCGCACGAAUUUUUAAAUUAUUUGCUAAACACUAUUGCGGACAUCCUGCAGGAAGAGAAGAAACAGGAAAAGCAAAACGGAAAAUUAAAAAAUGGCAACAUGAACGAACCUGCGGAGAAUAAUAAACCAGAACUCACCUGGGUCCACGAGAUUUUUCAGGGAACGCUCACCAAUGAAACUCGAUGCUUGAACUGUGAAACUGUUAGUAGCAAAGAUGAAGAUUUUCUCGACCUUUCUGUCGAUGUGGAGCAGAAUACAUCUAUUACUCACUGUCUAAGAGACUUCAGCAACACAGAAACUCUGUGUAGUGAACAGAAAUAUUAUUGUGAAACCUGCUGCAGCAAACAGGAGGCCCAGAAAAGGAUGAGAGUGAAAAAGCUGCCCAUGAUUCUGGCCCUGCACCUGAAGCGGUUCAAGUACAUGGAGCAGCUCCACAGGUACACCAAGCUCUCGUACCGAGUGGUCUUCCCGCUGGAACUCCGGCUCUUCAACACCUCCAGCGACGCGGUGAACCUGGACCGCAUUGGUCCUAAUCGUGGGCAUUAUAUUACUAUUGUGAAAAGUCAUGGCUUCUGGCUUUUGUUUGAUGAUGACAUUGUAGAGAAAAUAGAUGCCCAAGCUAUUGAAGAAUUCUAUGGCCUGACAUCAGAUAUAUCAAAAAAUUCAGAAUCUGGAUAUAUUUUAUUCUAUCAGUCAAGAGAAUAACUUAAAGAACUUGUGGGACUAAUUCAAGUGGGGGAAAUGUUCAAAGCACUGUUACCUGGUUUCUCUGCAGACUGCCUUCUUCCCCAGCGGCCCACGAACGGUAUUACUCCGAGUCCCAGUGGUCUGGCUGUGUUAGACUGUCUCCCUUUGUUUUUCUACAUGCAGCACUACUUGUGGUUUAUUUUAGUCUGAGGUAGAGUUAACUGCAAUCAGAUUGUAGUAAGGUUUAUAUGAAUAACAGUCGCUAAUUCUAGGGUUGGGUAAAUGCUGUGCCACUGGCUGUGUCUGGCUGAAUCAGAAUGACUUUUCCUAGGAAUGUCUGCAGUCUCUUUCUGGUCUUUGCUAAACUCCCUAAACGGCUUCCUGAGCCUCCUUUCAAUGCAUUCCCUUAAUUUGUUCCUGGAAACAUUGUUACCCAUUUUUAGCUUUCCUGCCUCCUUUCUGACCGGAAGAUGGAAGAACUGGGUAGAUGUUCACCUUUUAGGGCUGCAACUAUAGCUUUAAGUUUGUGCAAGUGAAAAUGUUUAAACGUGAGUAACCUCGAUACUAAAAUCACCCUCCAUGCAGAGCAGAGUGAAAAGAAGCUGUUCAUGGUGGCUGGUGGUCUGCAGCAGGCUGUGCCUUCCUGGCUAUGAGAAUUGCAGGGGCUGAGAAGGGGUGAGACUCAGGGCAGGCACAGACAAGGGGAGGAAGCUUUAGUGGACAGUGAAAAGUUACUUUUCUUACCUUUCUACCAAAACCAAGUUUCAGGAAAAUAACUAUGCUGUUUUUAGUGAUACUUUUCUUCAGUAGGGUGGUGUGAAUUGUAUUUAUCCUUUAUCUGGCACUGCUAAGCUUUCCAAGGUGUCUUUCCAGUCCUGCUGGUGUUUGGCAGUCUGUGGUUGCAGGCCCAGGACACCGCGUGGCCACCUCUGGCAUAGCUCUCCUGAGACGGUCAGCACCAACACCCUUCUUUAUCAGGCACAAGAAGGCGAUGCGCCUUUGCCACCAUCAGCCGCAUUGUACAACUGUUCACUUGUCAACUUAUCAGUUUGUUCACUGAGGCGCUGGCACAUCCCAGAGCUGAUGUGGAACCUUUCCCAGAGGGAAUAUUGGAAUUAUCUGGGUAAGAAGGUGGCGAACAGAAAGUGUCCGUGCGCAGGUGGAGGAAUGAACAAAGGGGCAGCGUUUCUUUGGCUCAGACUCUUAGAAUGCUUGACGAGAGGGAGUUUUUUAAAUGGAAGAACCUCAUCUCACCAUAGUUACUUUUAUCUUUUUCACUUUUAUUAUAUAUGUAUUUAUUAGCUCACUUGAGUAUUGGGACCUUUUAUUAAAAGGGUCAGUUUGGUGUUUUGCCAUUGAGCUGGUUGUUGGUUUCCUGCAAAUACAAGUUGGAGAUCUUGGCUUCCUGCGGGAAGUCAGCUGGCUUCCACACACUAUAAAUAUACUGUGAACAUAUCAUCUUGUUACCUAAUAAAAUCAGCGAACAAACAUGCAAACUUUUGGCAUAAUGUGAACUAAAAUUGAAAUUAAAAAUGUUAGUGGUCA